GCAGCAUCCAUCCCUCAGCUCUCCCUGCGCCUGGGCCUACCUCGCCUCGGGCUCCCAGGCAAGCGAUGCGCUCGCGGUGCAUUUAGAUCCGGACCGAGCCGCGCUCUCCGAGGCCUGGGCGAGACACCCCCUCUCGCCGCACACGGCCCGGGCCAAGGAGACCUGCCGACCCCCGGCCAUGGAAGCCAUCUGGCUGUACCAGUUCCGGCUCAUUGUCAUCGGGGAUUCCACGGUGGGCAAGUCCUGUCUCAUCCGCCGCUUCACCGAGGGCCGCUUUGCCCAGGUUUCGGACCCCACCGUGGGGGUGGAUUUUUUCUCCCGUCUGGUGGAGAUCGAGCCAGGAAAACGCAUCAAGCUCCAGAUCUGGGAUACCGCGGGUCAAGAGAGGUUCAGGUCCAUCACUCGCGCCUACUACAGGAACUCAGUAGGUGGCCUUCUCUUAUUUGACAUUACCAACCGCAGGUCCUUCCAGAAUGUCCAUGAGUGGUUAGAAGAGACCAAAGUACACGUUCAGCCCUACCAAAUUGUAUUUGUUCUGGUGGGUCACAAGUGUGACCUGGAUACACAGAGGCAAGUGACUCGCCACGAGGCAGAGAAACUGGCUGCUGCGUAUGGCAUGAAGUACAUUGAAACGUCAGCCCGAGAUGCCAUUAAUGUGGAGAAAGCCUUCACAGACCUGACAAGAGACAUAUAUGAGCUGGUUAAAAGGGGGGAUAUUACAAUCCAGGAGGGCUGGGAAGGGGUGAAGAGUGGAUUUGUACCAAAUGUGGUUCACUCUUCGGAAGAGGUUGUCAAAUCAGACAGGAGAUGUUUGUGCUAGUCAGCCCUUUUGAUUUCCAAAACAUGCUCUCCCACCUGAACUUAAAAGUGAUCAAAAAGAAUAGAAUCUUUGUGUGACUGAAGAGAACUCAACCUCCAUUUUGGAUACCCAGUGAGCCUCCUUCCCAAGGGGUACUCUGACAGGAUGGGGGUGUGCUGUGACUGAGGGACUGAAUUACUGACAUGGGCCAGGCACUGGUGUGUGGCCCAUGCUGGGCAGUGGCUACUCCAUGUGCCCUUUGUGGACCACAUGUCAAGGGCCUGAGGUCUCAGGAGCCAGGCCCCCUAAAAAUAUACCCACAGACAGGACAACUAUUUCUUGGUAUUUCAGCUCAUUCAUAGAUCACAAACAUAUAUAAGGGGAAAAAAAAAUGUGUCACAUUGAAAACAAUUAGCAAAACUAAAAAAAAAAAAAAAAAAGACUAAGAUCAACUUAAUCAGUGAGAAUAUCCUACACCAAGUGCGUGUCGUGUUCAAAGAUACCAAUUAGCUUCCAAACAGUUCGUCUGUAAAAUGAGGGGCACAGACCAUCUAUUGACUAAGACCCUUUCAAGUCCUGGUAUUCUAGUAAAAAAAAUGGUGUGAAUAUGAAAAGGGAGGCUAUUUACACACUGCUAUUACCACACCGGGGAAAAUGUACACCCCUGUGAUAGAAUCACCAGCUGUGUCAAAGAAAUUGUCCCAGGCAAAAUAGCCUGGAAAUAGAAGAGAGGAACACCAACCCAAACGCCAUACCCUCUUUUCCCUCUGACCAUGUCUGGGGUUUCACUGCAUUGGUAACUGUAAUCUAGAAGUGAACAGCAUGCCUGUCUCUUCGGGUCAUGGCGGCCAUAGCACAGGGAUUGCCUCUGAAAAGAGAGGCAAACUCUGGUGCCUCAGUCCUGUACUGAGUACCCACUCAGCAUGAGGAACUGUGACCCUUACAGACGCAUUACAGUCACUUGAGUGAUGUACUUGACGCUCAUAACAGGCCAGUGAGGUUUUCUUCCCCAUUUUACACAAGUAAGCUAAGAGGCAGGAGACUCACUUGGCCAAGUGGAAAAACUAUGACCCUGAGUUCUUGUUUCGGUGCAUCAUCCUGCUGUCAGAUGAAUGAGCUGUUAUUAGUUUGUUCACUUUGGAAGAGAUAUGACUGUAAAUAAAUGUUCUCUACGUGUUAGGAUAUGUUUCCUUAUUGAUUACAACUCAGCUAUAGUCCUGAGGGAACGUAGGGGUGAAUCAAAGCUAAGGCCCAUUCAGGUAUUAUUGACAAGAGGGCUUGAAACAAGUGAAUAAUUGCACAACAAAACACAUUAGAACUGUGUAGGCUAGAAGUGUUCUUAUCACUGAAACACAGUGGCCAUAUUAUUAAAAAGAAUGAAACAGAGCAAUGGAAGUCAGAUGGGGACAAAAUGCUCACUUCACAAUGACCUUGGCCACCUGUUUGCCGAAAUCUGCACUAGGUUCCUGUCUGCCCGAGAGAGUCAGCUCUUAGCUCUCAGGUGAACAGACAGAUAACGGCAUCAGAAAGUUGGCAUGCUUGGCUUGGGUUUCCAUUAUAUUCUUGAAGAGAGGUGACACUUUAAAUUAUUUUUUGGAUUGUAGCCAGGUCAGCUAGGCAAAAGCCAUACUUUUCACAGUAAGAAAACAGUUCUGAUUAGAGACAGAUUUCUCAUAUUCGUUGUGAUAGGAAAGCCCGAGAAUGGUAAAUGGCUUUGAGAGAUAUGUUAAACUUUCAGUAUGAAUAUAAAUGAAUUUGAAAGUUUGGGAAUUUACUUCAGCCAGAAUAAAGAAUCCAAAUAAUGAAAAUCAUGGAAACAAAUCACCUUGGACCAACCUGCAGCAUCAACUACAACGGAACUGAUCAUCUCUGCAUUCAUUUAACAAGACCAGGCGAGGGUGGAGUAGUUACGUUACCAGUGUUGUGAUUGUAGAAGGCCAAUAGAAGAUGGUGAAUUGGGUUAACACAGAGUUUAUCAACUACUAUACUUAAUUAUGUUUAAAAGAUUCUGAAAGCAAGAUUAUCCAGUGGAUAAAUGAGAGUUGACUGGAUUCUGUCAGUUCAAAAAAGAAGAUGAUGAAACAAAACUUCUCUACAGUUUUCUUGACUAAAAUACAUUAUAUGUAUACUUUCCCCAUUCCUUGCAUUUUUUAGGCAGGUUUAAAAAUACUCAGCAUCGAUCCAGCAGAGGUGGCUGAGCUUAAUUACUUAAACAAGUUCUAGAAACUUUACAAAUCAUUUUCGUAGAAUUCAGUGCUGUUGUCACUGCAAUAAGUGGGUUUUAGAAAAUAAGUGUGAAAAAAAUCAGGUGUUAAUACAAUACUAAGGAUAAAGCUUUAGAAGCUAUUUUACUACAUAGGUAAAGAAAAGAUUAACUUGUAACAAAGACCACAACUGCAUGUUGGAUUAGAUUGUCUCAUAUUCCAGAAUAAAAUGUACUGUAUACUUUUCCUCACUUUGUUGUGCACUGUAAUGAAAUGUGAAAAAAAAAAAUGUUUUCUUUAGCUGUAUGUGAAUGAAAAUAUGCUUGUAUUUAGUAAAAUGGU